AUGCUCAAGUACUUCAGGGAGAAGCAGGCAGCCAAGAUCCAGUCCAGCGGAAGUAUUUUUGGCUGGAACAAAAAGAAUGAGAUCCUGAAUGGGCGCUGGGUCAUGAUGGGCAUUGCUAUCGGCUUGCUCACAGAAUAUGCCACGGGCGUGAGUCUAGUGGACCAGAUCAAGCUGAUGAUCUCGUACCUGGGCCUGGCCGACAUCUAUGACUGA